UUGGGUGUGAGUUUCCAUUAACAUUUCUUUUGUUUCCAAAGGGAAAGGUGCCUGGUGGAGUGAGUCAUUAAGGGUGGGAGAGGUCUGAGGUGUGAAUUGGUCAAUGUGUGUGUUUUGUCCAUUUGAGUACCUUGAAAAGCUUUGCAUGCAUUUUUCAUGAUGAAAAAAGUCUCUGGGCAGCAUCAGGAACUGGAAGAAAAAUGUAUAAACGCGUUUAGUCGCAUUUACAAGUGUUUUGAAACACUGAUAAAAUCGACUGCUGAACGCAAGUUU